CCGCCGACUGGAAAUACUGAGGUUGCCGAAUUAUCUCGUAGGUAUAAACCUACGCCCACGAUUAACUUUAUUGAGCCUACAUCUGGUUGGAUUCGUGGAGGAACGGAGAUUACGGUUCAUGGAUCGAGAAUGGCGUUUACGCAGUCAAUUGAGUGUGUGUUCGGAAAUGCAACAGCCUACGCAACAUUCAUAUCUGCCGGAAAGCUCGUGUGCACCUCACCC